UUUUGCCUGGCGGAGACUAUUAGGAAAGUACCGUGCACCUGACGGGGGAGGAAGGGAGGUGAGUCAAGGACAGUCUUGUCGGGAGGGAACUUGAGCCGCUGAAGUCAGGAGGCUUCGCUGGGCCUGUUGGCGGGGCGUCCAAGCGAGCGGGAGAGUUCAGUCGUAUUUGCACCGGCCAUGAUGCGCGCUUUGCGCAGGAACAAGACCCUCCGCUUCGGAGUCCCCAUGUUGUUGCUGAUUGUUGGAGGUUCUUUUGGUCUUCGGGAAUUUUCCCAAAUCCGUUAUGAUGCUGUGAAGAUUAAAAUUGAUCCUGAAUUAGAAAAAAAACUGAAAAUGAAUAAAGUGUCAUUGGAGUCAGAGUAUGAGAAAAUAAAGGACACCACUUUUGAUGACUGGAAGAAUAUUCGAGGACCCAGGCCUUGGGAAGAUCCUGAACUCCUCCAGGGACGAAAUCCAGAUAUCCUUAACACUAAGACAACUUGAGUAUGCUGAUUCUUUUUUUUUUUGGUGAUAUAUCAACUGGAAUUCCUGCUACAUACUCCUAUCCAGUGGGAAGAAAAUUCCACACCUGCAGAAGCCUGGAUGUGAGUAAUUUAAUGACAGAUAAUCUUGAUAAAAGUCAAGUACAGGUUCUUAUACUUCCCAACUCUUCCAUUUUCAAAUGAAAGUAACAAUGUUGAUUACACAUAUUUUACACUGCUCAAUAAAAAUGUGAAUACUGCU